AGUGAUGAACUGUUUUAUGAAAACGAUUUUAUAGAACUCUGCGAGGCGCGAACUUUGCUCUUUAAUGGACACAAACACGAUAAACCUAGCCGGGCCGAGCCAAAUGAACAAAAUGUUUUACGGAAGUGAGCCGGACUCCGCAUGCGGUGCGUGUCAAGUGCUUUGAAAAACUAUGCUGAAAGUUGGUGUUUCAAAAAAUUUUCGGAGACGUAAAUUAAAAAGGUGAUCGGUGUAUAGGAACCAGGUGGAACGUUCGUGUGAUGCACGAGGUGCUCUAGACAAGCUGUCGGCGGGCGACAAGCUGGGGCCUGAAGAGGCGUUUGACGCCUCCACGCACGCUCAACAACUUCAGACGAUGACCUCCACAAUGGGAAUAAUGACACUCAGCCGCGGCCCGUGUGACCUCGACAACAUGAGUCUGUUCCAAGACCUCAAAUUAAAGAGGCGGAAAGUUGACUCUAGAUGUAGCAGUGAUGGCGAGUCAGCCGCUGAUACCAGCACGUCGUCGCCGGACCCAGGCCCGCCGUCGCCGCGCAUGGCCGAAGCAGGGUGCAGCACGCCGCCGCACCCUCCGCCCGUGUUCGACGGCGGCGGUUCACCGUUGCCAUCGUCCGCUUGCCACCCCACCGUAAUUCGCUCUGCGCCGCCAUAUUCUGUCAUUAAGUUUGAGGGAGCGCCUUCUGCCAUUAAAGUAGAGAAUCAAACCCCACUCAAACAUGAUGCACCUUCGCCAUCUCAAGUUUCCUCUGUGAAAUUAGAGGGCACGACACAGGAUACACUUCAGCCGUACAGGCCUCGAGCGCUUGCUCCACCUCCCGGAUCACAUUCAUCCUUAACACCAGGUCCAUGGCCACCGGCUGCUUGUAUCAAUGGUGUUAAACCAGAGCUUAUAGGUGGUCACUUUCCAACGCAAUCUCUAGAGCAUAAAUCAGGAACGAGAGGGCCCACGCAAUGGCGGGGAACGCCGGCAGUCAUCAUGGGGGAAUCAGGUGGAGUCCGGACAAUGUUUUGGACGUUACCAGCCCCUACUACCAGUGGAGAACCCGCAGCAAGUGCUUCUCAUACACCAACACCACCUACUCCAGAUCCCAGUACUUGCAGUGAAGAAUCUGCAGCAAGAUUACUUCUCAACCUUGGUGGUGAUCUUAGGCGACCACGAGGACCACCGUUAAAUAUGGAACUUCUAUGGGCUGGUGACGUAUCGCAACUUCCUGCACAUCAGCAGUUACAUGCGUUAAAUUUAAGUGCAGCAGCUGGAAACCUACCUGGUGGAUCAGCGGUUGCAGGAGCUAGCUCAUUAGCUCUUCCGCGACCUGAAUUACGUGCUUAUGCUCCUGAAGUAGAACGUGAUGAAGACGAACAACCUAUGAUCUGUAUGAUAUGUGAAGAUAAAGCGACGGGACUUCAUUACGGUAUUAUUACGUGCGAAGGAUGCAAAGGUUUCUUUAAACGGACUGUACAAAACCGACGAGUUUAUACGUGUGUCGCCGAUGGUGGCUGUGAAAUUACAAAAGCACAACGGAACAGAUGUCAAUAUUGCCGAUUUAAAAAGUGUAUAGAACAAGGAAUGGUUUUACAAGCUGUACGAGAAGAUCGGAUGCCAGGUGGACGCAACAGUGGUGCUGUCUACAAUCUGUACAAAGUAAAAUAUAAGAAACAUAAGAAAGCAAACAAGGCAGCAACGGCGACGAGCCGGUCUUCGCCACCAGAAAAACCUAAAGAACCACUACCACCGAUCCCACCGCACCUUGUUAAUGGUACCAUACUUAAGACUGCACUUACCAAUCCUAGUGAGGUGCUCCAUCUAAGAGCGCGGCUUGAGAGUGCUGUGUCAUCAUCUCGAGAUCGUGCUGUACCUUUAGAGAGGGCAUUACAGAUGAUCCGAGCACUAAUCGACUGCGAUGCGAUGGAAGAUAUAGCCACCGUUCGACAUUUACCAGACUUACUCCAUGAUACAUCGGAGAUUGGGGAUAAGCUUUGUAAAAUUGGUGAUUCAAUUGUCCAUAAAAUGGUAGCGUGGACGAAGAAACUUCCGUUUAUCAUGGAAAUACCUAUGGAAAUCCACUCAAAGUUGUUAAUGGAGAAAUGGCACGAGAUCUCAGUCUUAACGACGGCGGCUUACCAGGCGAUGCAUGGGAAGCAUGCACACUGUCCUCCCACUUCAGACCACGACCACGAUGUUAUGCAAGAGGUUAACGCAAACUUACGAACCCUGCAAAACUGCCUAACCUCGUUGAUGGGCAGGCCCAUAACCUUAGAGCAGCUCCGGCUAGACGUGGGCCUCGUCGUGGAGAAGAUGACACAGAUCACGUGCGUCUUCCGGCGCAUCCAGCUCAGGAUGGAGGAGUACGUGUGUCUGAAGGUCUACAUACUUUUAAAUCAAGAAGUGGAGUUGGAGAGCAUUCAAGACAGGUAUGUGCAGGUACUACGGAGUUACUUAGAGCACGCAGCGCCGCACCACCCCGGUCGAUUGCAGGAACUCUUCUCCAGGAUACCCGAGAUCCAAGCCGCUGCAAAUCUAUUGCUCGAGAGCAAAAUGUUCUACGUGCCCUUUGUUUUGAACUCGGCUGAGAUCAGAUAGUAUAUGGCACAACAGGGUGUAUAGUUCUCGAUGUACGAGCGGCUCACCCCUCGCCCGAGCCCCCGCCGCACCCUUGUCUUAUGAUCACCGCACAUAGAACCACCCUGUGUUCAGAGCACCGGUCCAGCACAAGUUCGUACAAAUAUUACUCGGGCAUAUAGACAAGGCUGUCUACUCCGCAAUUCUCAGCUUUAUAAGAAGUUACGGCUCGCGGACACCAACCUGACGUCUUUUUGAACAGUUUAAAGAUGUUCGAAUGGAACGAUGGUUUAACACCAGACAGCAAGGAAUGAUAACUACAAGAAAUGAGUGAUAAAAAAUGGAUUUUGCUCUCCGCUGUGUCAGUGCUAAGGAAGUGCACAGUCAAUUCUCCCACAUUCAGUAUGUACCUACCUUCUUUUGUGAGUGACAGUAUGCAGCACGAGCAUAGUGCGGUACGUUUUAUACCUUUGUUGAGUCGAUGUGUGAAUUGGUUUUAUUGUUUAGUAGAGGAAUUAAAACGUCCCAAUUGACAGACUGAUUUAUUAUUAAAACUUAGUAAUAGGUACCAGGGACUUGAAUGCGUGUUUUAUACGUGGUAGUGUGUACUACAUAGUGUUAAAUAGAUUAAAAUAUAUAAUUAUGUUACUAUUUAAUUAUGUCAGAUGGAGAAUCGCAUAAUAUAUUAUUUCUGUAAAUAUAGAAAAUAGUUUAGUUAAUAAGAUGUUGUUUUUAAACAGAAUUGUUUCUUGUAAAUGGAAUAUUGCUGUUUUAGUUUGCAUUUUGUAUCCUCUAGGAUUAACCAGUAGGGUAAAUUGCUGGGUGUGUAAUAUUGAAAGUUUUAAUUUAAUUUUAUAUGACUUGUUCAUAUUACUGUAAGUAGCACUAAGUACCUAUUCUCAGUUUACCAAGACUGCUUGUAUACAACUACUGUUUUACAAUAACUAAUAUGGCGUUGACUCGCUCGGUUCUUGUAGUCACAACUUUUGCAUUUUUAUUGCCAAUAUUUUCGCAUAACACUAAACUUGUUCAUUAUAUGUUAUGUUCUAUAUUAAACUUCUCUUGAUUCUGGUCUAACUAGGUGUAAGUAACCGGUUGAACUCGUACGUUUGAUUGUCACGUGGUUUCGUUGCCUAGGCUCGCGUACGUAUUUAUACAUUAUUGUUAAAACACUCUCAUCGAAUGCCUUAGUAGAGACGUGUGAACUGUAGCUUUCAAGUUUUACUAAGGCACUUGUGCGAGUAUUUUAGUGAUGUAAACGGAGCCCUAUAUGAAGAGUAGUACCUAUUAGAGAAGUCGUUUGGACAAUCCAUAAGAUAAAUAGAUGUCUACACAAUGUAUUAUUUGUACCUACUCUUACCAAAUACUUUUAUUCGAAAUGUAUGUAUUCUGAUACUGAUAACUGUGUGCUGUUUUCUCCACUUUCGAUUUUUAAGCUUGCUAUUUGUAUAGGUGCUUCAAGAAGUUACAAACCUUAUUUUAUACUUUGCUUCCUUUGAUGUGUUCAAACGUAAAUUAUGCUCAAUCUUUCAUUAUCAUCUUGUACCCUGUUUUAUUGUCAUUUUCAAAUACAUUUAAUUCACUGUUAAAAUUACUAAAUUACAAUACUUAUUCUUGAAAAUUCUAUAGUACCAAUUUGAUCAGCGGAAAUUUAAUUAAAAACAAUAAAUAAUAGCAAAACAUCACUCAAAAUAAAGUAAACUGCAAGUUUCUUUUAUAAAAUAUAGUAUUUUUUUAAUAUAAAUUUUCUUGCAUUAAUUGUAACAUUAAUCCUCACUCAAUUAAUUCAGUUAAUUUGUGUUUUAUUAAAUUUACAAGUAAACAAACGAUAGCCAUUAUCGGUACAGUAAAAAUAUUUUUGUUAUCACAUAUUUCAUUUUUAUCCGUAAUUAGAGCGAGAAAGCUUAUUUGUUUACAUCAUUAUCACACAGAUUCAUAUGUAUUCAUUUCAUUGCAACCCCAGAUUUAAAAAUUAAAAAAAAAACUAUGUUUUCAUUGUGUCUACUUUCAUAUAUAAAUAAAUCCGGAAAUCAUUUUCAUUCAUUAUCAUCAUUAUAUUUUUCAUUUAGAUUAAUAAUUUAUAAAAUUAAAAUUACAUUUUACCAUAAAAAUGAAGAAUCAUGUAAUCUAUCUUUAGCUUUUCAAUAAUAGAUUUUUAAAACUAACACUGUCAAUGUCACUGCCUCUGUUUAAAAAUGUUAUCUGCCAUUGUGGUUAAUGACUCGUAUUAAUCGUUAAUAAUAAAUUUGUAAAAAACGUUCCAACAACGGUGAACAGUUACCAUUAGUAUAGGGAUGGCAGUGUAUGCCUAUUAAAAUUAAGUAAUUACAACCAAAAAGUUCGUUGUAGGGACUUAGGUUCUAGUUUUACAAUAUGCCUUAGCAUUAUCACAUCAACACAAUGACAAUAUAUUUGUCUAUAGCACACAAAAUUCCGAGGACAAUGGGAAAUUUCUAGAAAUUGUCUACAUUUUAAUCGUUUAUCGAAAGUUUUCAUGCAUAGAAAAAGAAAGGCGUAGUACGCCAGUUAAAGUAUCGGCCUUAAGAGAAAAUUCAUUUCUAUAUUUCAUAUUUAAAGUGUCAUGAAAUCCUUGCUUAAAAUGUCUACUUUUUCUUCAGACCAGAAUCCGUGUAAAAGACACGUUUACUUGUUCGAUUUUGGCAGUAGUGUAACAUUUGGAGAUUUCAAGAUGUUCCGCCUUACUAUUUCUAUGUCUAUAUGCAAACACUUACGUCACAGGUAGUCAUGUAAUCUAAGCUUAGUUGCGGUAUAUUCUCAACCGGCGUUCAGUUCUCUGUUUUAUAAAAUUAUAAAGCAACAAAAAUGUAAUGUUAGGAGAUUCAGCGAUGAAGGUUGUGAACUGAGUUCUACGACAGAGGAUUGGGUAAUCUGAAAAAUUAGAACAUUGAAUAGACUCUCUCUUUACGCAUGUUAUCUGUUUAUUUAUAUUUUUUACAAAAUUGGACAUCUUUAUAGAAAAACUUUAAACUCACUGUACUUUACAUUAACUUUCUAAAAGAGUCUUAAAAUUAGCGAAUCCUGUUACCUGAAUAAGCGACACACGUCCGUUCCUCAACAUGUUACCAUUAGUUAAAUAAGUGUUAGUGGAUAUUAAAUGUGUUUUGUAAAUUUUAAUUAGUUCGAAUAUAACCAGUAACCAGUUACGAUACUGCCAUCAAAUGCCUAAAUAGUUUUCAGUUAAUUUUGUUAUACUUUAUGUACGUUUUAAUUUAAGAAAAUAAAGUUGGUGAAAUUAUUAGUUCUUUGUGAUAGUUGAACAGUGAUAGUCGAAAAGCGCUGUUGGAUUAUGUAGUUCGGCUGCAUGGCGCAGUCCAUUCGGUCUCAUAACAUUCGUGGUCCCUUCUUUGGCUCUACGGUGAAUUUCACGACAAUUGGUAACACUAUAUUUAUUUAUUUUUUUUAUCUAACUUAAUUAUAAAAAAAAAUUAGUUUAUAAAAACACCAUCAAAACGACGGUGUUAAAUCUAAAGUCUGAGGUAAAGAUGCCUUUAUAGAUUUUUAAACAAGUAACGACGGAAAUCGUAAAUAAAUAUAACGAGAAUCGUGCAUCGUUCUACUAAUAUAUAAAUGCUAUAUGUAAGUAAUAUUGAUACAUAUUUUGUUAGUAUAAUAGCGUUAAGGCGAAACUAACGGCAAUGUAUCAAAUGGGAUUAGACUUAAGAAUGUUAUUGGCGUUGUACAAAGGAUAGUAUUGUUAGUAAAUAAACAAUCAAAUUGGCGCAUUACUGGCGAGUACCUAAUUAGUUGAUAGUACACGAGAGCCCACAGAGGCUAUACAUUCAUAUGUAAAUAUAUGAUAAUCGACGUGUAAAAUGGCCACUCGCAAACUUCAUUGCUCUUCUAAAUUGUUUGCUGCGCUGAUUUUUAAAUGCUUUUUCGCCUCUUUCAUACUUUGGUACUAUUAACGUUGUCAAUGACUGAUCGAAAUAAACUAAAUUAUUAACAAUAGUUUGCUUCUGCUUGCUGUUAUAAUUAUUUGAAGGUUUUCAUAAUGUUAGUUCGCUGAUUUUGUCUAUAGAUUCAGACGGUCAGCUUAUGAGAUACUUGUGCCUGUUAUAUGUGACUAUAAAGAUUAAAUUUUAUUACAAUGCUCACAAUUAACAUAAUAUACAUAAUGCAGUUAAGUACAUUUAGUUAAUUGUAGGCUAAUUUACAUUUAUUUUGCGAAUAUACAAGGUAAAAUUGUGUUUGUUAAAUUACUUACUGAGUCCUUUAUUUCAACUGUAGCUACGUUAAGACUCUUAUAAAUAUGUUAAAUAUUACUAAUAUAGGCACGAGAUAUCCAAUAGCCGACGAGUUAAUAAUACUGCGAAAAUAUUUUGACUGAUAAAAUAGUAAUUAAACAUAAUAAUGUUAAUAAUUUAAUGUAAGGAUGUAACAAAAACUUAAUGCAUUUCACAGUUUCCUUACAGUCCAUAAGAGAAUAGUUAGUUACGCCGUAAGAUAUGGUGACGAAAUAUUUUCACAUUAAUAGCUUAAGGUUUGUUGUGUAUAAAAAUAGCGUUCCAUGUAUUUCGGGUAAAAGAAGGGUUGAAAUUGUGUACAUUAGACAUUGUAAUAAAUUAGUUAUGAGUAACGAGUGUAAAUCUGUAAGAGAAUAUAUAUUUGGAAACGUUGACGAGUGUUUGUUGUAUGUAAUUCGUGUCACAGAUGGAUAUUUGGACUCUAAGUACAUAUUAGAUAUCUAUUCUACGAGUUAAACUUCAUAAUUUAUUCAACAGUAAUCGACUUUUGUUACAUUUACUCAAACAAACACGUUUAGCUUUCGUUUAUUAUUUAAUAGUUAAAGAAUUGCCUAUUUUAAUAUCUUCAUUAUUUUUCAAAACUAUAUAAAAAUUCUAAAUCCUCGUUGUUGGUGAUUGACACACACGCAAGUUGGUGAACAUAAAAACAAAAGGUUUCUUUUAAUAUUUAGCGAUUUGCGUGUCAAAACACCGAUCGUGGGAUUCAACUAUGACUUAAACUUGAGCUUAGUGCAUACAAUCUAUUGCUGAUUACAUAGUUCAAUUGAUCGAGGGAUAUUAACAAAAAAGAACAAUUAAGUAUAUAAUUAACCCAAUUUAGCUCAGAAGUGAACGUGUUACUUAUUUAGCCAAUGUUGAAGUAGUAUUGUUGUUGCAAAAAUCAUUUUUGUGUCCAUAAAUCAUUCAACACAGGAAGAAGCAGACGACACUAUAAAAUAUUAUAUAUUUCGAAGGUAAUUAAAUAAUAAAAUAUUUACUAUACUCUAUUUAUGUAUAGAUAUUUAUGUAUAUUUAUCUAUUUAUGUUUUGUCUCUACAUAGAAUCACUGAAAAAUAUUUUGUUUUUGACUGAUCUUUAUUUUACAUCAGCAAUUACCUCUAUCAAAUACAUUGCAUCUAAAUCUAUCUAUCUAUUUAUGAUGCUACCGUCUCAUUUAAUAAUUUUUGGCAUUUAUGCACAUUUUAGGAAUAAUCAAUACAACUAAUCUAUCAAUAGAUACGUUUUUAUUACUGCAUGCAUAAGCGAUAAUAGACAUUGUUGUCUCUUUAUGUCUCAAGAAUAUAGUAAACAUGUUUGUUACUUGCUUAAGGAACAAUAUUUAUUUAAUUUUAUUGAUGUCGCUCCUUCCUUGUUGAAUGCUGUAGUCCAAAAAUCUAAUUUUCAUACACAGUAUCAUAUAAAGUGCCUCAAAAUAGAUGCACACGUUAAACAUACUCGUAAUAAAAUAGCGACAACACCGUCUAAAGAGUUCAAUGUGAUUGAGUGUGCUGUUUCACGUGUUUAGUUGGGCUCGCUCAAUAUCAAGACUUAUUGCUUUCAGAUCUAAUAUACUUUAAGUAUUAUCAAUACCUAGGAUUCUAUGUUUAUUUAGCAAAUCACAUUAGUUGCUGACUGCAGUACUGUUCUCGACGGAAAGGCUGUUAUUAUUCGACCAAGUUAAGAUGACUGUUAGUGGUUCUAAUUGUUUUGUCUCGUUCGAGUGGUGCGCCGGUCGUUAGUCAAUCGAAAGUACGGUUUGCCAAGAGAAGUUACCUACAGUUGUGUUUAGUUAGCGAUGCAUAACGUGUUUGUACUUUAAUUUGUUUUUUAGUUGUACUCUUGGAAAUCAAUGGUUAAUAAUUUAAGAAAAUAAAAUGUAUGUGAAAUAUUAA